AUGGAUGCUGAAGCACUUCAGUGCAACAUCUGUCCCAAACGGGCUCGAUUCAGCGAUGUAUCUCAUUUGUUGACCCACGUCUCAUCAAAGGCCCAUCUUUCUCAUUACUUCAAGCUUCAAGUGCGAAGCCAUCAAGAAAUUCAAGCCAGGAACCUCCUCGAUGAGUACGACAGAUGGUACAAGGCCAACAACUUGGCAAAACUACUUUCUGAUCGGAUGGCAUCCAAAGAGGCUCGCAAAAGAAAGUCUCAUGGGAAUUCACUCGCUCUUGCUACAUCAUUGACUGCUCGACGCGGCGCUGGAUCAAGAGACACGCCCAGAACUAUAUGCCCUCCAUCUCAUCAGCCUUUACCUGAGUUCCUUGACCCACGUCUUUCUGACCCUCAUCUGAAUGGUAACCCCAUUGUGAGGAGCGGAGAUGCUUCUCUUUCCACUCAUCAUGAAACGUCAGCUUCGUCGUCGGCUCCUGAUCCUCAGUUUCUUGUCCGAGCAGGCUAUACCCUGCAUUCGAACGAUCCGUCCCAAGAGCUUGCACCAGACCAAUGUAAACAUGAACCUGACUUUGAAUCCGAAGAGGAGGGUGUUUCCAACACGCAAGUCACGCCGAGCCGGUCAAUGAAACUAGAAAGCAGAUCGGCCAACGCUUUCCAACCCUUGAGCACCGGCUCCGUCGAUGGCGACCCCUUUGUUGACGACAGUGGAAGCUUUGAUUAUCUCAGACUAGUCGAAGGUGACAAGGAGAGGGCGGAUGAGAUGACAAGACUGAAGGGAGUACUGUGGCCUGGCAUGGAUAUUUUUGACUCUGCCACAGAGCAGAUGAGGCGUAAGCGCAACCAGAAGAAGGAUGAGAGCAUACUCAAGAUGAUGGAAAAGACCUCCAUGUGUGUCGAGCCCACGGAACUUGUGUUUUCGCCAACAGGCAUCCUGCGAAAGCAACGUGUUAUAUCAGGCAAUGUCGAAGAUAGCAGCCCUCUCAAGGGAGAGACACCGAUCCCUAAGAGACGAGCCCCUCGCCCGAAGCGUGCACUUUCCCAAGUUGACUCUAAUGUGCCGCGUGGACAGGAUCGAAAACGGAUCAAGAAGGCUGCGAAACGCACGGCAACCAGACGCGAAAGCGGCUUGGUCAGAUAUGACUCUCAGGCUUCAAGGAAUCCCGGGGCUCAGUUGCCAUAUAAGUAUGGCGUUCAUCUUCGCUCCUCUUACGAAGACGAGACGGAAGAAUUCAGCCUGGCGGUGAAUGGUCUCGAAUCCAGGGCUCGCAUUGGGUUCACAGUGUUUCAAGACGAAUCUAGCCAGCACAUAUCGAGCUACGAUGAGCCAUAUCCGCGCUUUGGAGUAUCGAGUCCUUCUCGAGAACCUUUUUUUGGACAUGGAGCAACAGCUGAAAGGAGAGUCAACCGCUUUUCGGGUAAUCAUGCUCCUUUGCCUUCGGGAAGGGUCGCUCAUGCUUCUGAAGAGCAAGAAAAUAUCGACCCUAUGCUAGACGCUCACAGACGGGUUAAAUCCCCUCUACUGUGGCAAUCCUCAAUGGUUAGGCCGCAGCACGCAGGCGAUACAAGUUAUACACCGCAGUAUUUCUUCGAAGAAGCUCAAAGCAACGGACUGAGUCCUUUUGAGAGUCAUGGCUUCUACGCUGGAUAUACGUUCAACCCAUUGGCUAUCUCAACCGCUAAGCUUCCCACUGAGAACCCAAUCUUUGAUGCUGAUGGUCGUCAUCCCUCCCGAUUGCAUUCUAUGACACGCGCUACAUCGCCCGAGGCGACUAUAUCAGACGUUGAGGAAGACGACUUUGAGCAACUCUAUUUGGACACGAGCUCUCUCUAG